AUGUCUGUUAUAAGAGCAAUCGCGGUAUUCCUCUGCGGGUUCUUGUCGUUGAAACUUUGCGGAGCACAGAUUGUUUCUGUUGGAAAAUGCCCUGAAGUUAAAGCUAUGAGUAAUUUUGACGCUAAACGGUACUUAGGAAGGUGGUACGAAGCGGAAAAAUAUUUUGCAUUUUUCGAAUUGGGUGGCCGAUGCAUCACAGCAGAUUAUGGUGAAAAGAACGGCGUUAUUACUGUUAGUAACAAGCAAAUUAAUAAUAUCACUGGAAAAAGAACCGGAAUCGAAGGUUACGCUACUCUUGAUAGUAACACGGGGGAGGCCAAACUCUUGGUGACUUUUCCGAAAAUGCCGGUCAGCAUCCCGGCACCAUAUUGGGUCAUCGACACGGACUACGACAACUAUGCCGUCGUGUGGGGCUGUAUUGAAUUUGGAAAUGUUAUUCAUGGACGAAACGCAUGGAUACUUACGAGGCAACGAAACCCACCAGCGAGCGUCUUAAAGAAAGCGUAUGAAGCUAUAAAAGAUAACAGAAUCGAUCAAUCUCAUUUCUUAAAAACAGAUCAGACCAACUGUAUAAUUGAAGACAGUCAAUAG